GAGACACAGAUUCAGACAAAGAUUCAUAAAACAGAGAUUCAGAAGAGAAGAAAGUUUUUACGACAAAGUAAACCUGUCAAAGUCUGCAGGGAUGGGCGCUUUUCGCAAAGCAGUGCUUUUCUGCAGUUUCCAAGUACUUGUUGCUGUUGUCUGGGCUCAACAACCUGCGGUGACCUUCAUUCCCAACGAUGAUGAGGGCACAGCCACCCAUCCGCCCUCAGAUUGCAGAGAAGAGACAUAUCCGUGCACCCGAAUGUACUCUGUCCAUCGCCCCAUAAAGAGGUGUAUUCAAUCUCUCUGUAUCUACAGUAUUCCCCGGGUCUACGUGAUCAACAAGGAGAUAUGUGUCAGAACAGUUUGUCAGCAGGAAGAGAUACUCAAAGCGGAACUUUGCAGAGAGAAAUCUGGAUGGCCCAAACGACUUCAGAGGUCAGCUAAAAGACGCUGCCUUCGUGCGAAAACCUGGAAAACCCACAACUGAAGCAAUGAGGCUGGGGAGGGCCCGGCGACAGUGGGGGGAAAGAUGUUGAUGUAACACAAACUGAUGCAUUCAUGAACCAAAAGCAUCACCUUUUCACCAAACCUGUUCUGAAUUUUAAUUGUUUCAAAUGAUCAUUGUUACUGUGUAUUUGUUAAACUCUGGUGAGCCUUACAAGGCAAACUGUGUUUACGUGUUGUACUGUUUAUCCAAGGGGCAUGCCUCUUUUGCUGCACUAAGACAUUUUGGCAUGCAAUGCUUAUAUAUUCAUAUUCAUGUUUUAGAAAUGGUCUCAUUGCUGCAUCCCUUGGGUUACAAAUGAUACAUUAUUUUAUGCAUACAGGAAACAAGAUUAGUCAGUAUUUUAAUUAGUGGAAUUAACACUGCCUAUUAUGAAGUCUAUUCUGUUUACUUUCAUAAUUUUUGUGUAUUUUCUAAUAAUGCAAAACAACAUUGUGUUCAGAUUUGUCUAUUCUCGGAAAAGAAAACUAGUCCAAAUUGUACAGUAUAUUGUAGAACAGCUCACUGGCUGAACCCAAGAGCUGACAGGAUGAGGCAGUCUGGAGACAUUGGAUGGAGCAGAAAUAUGGGAGAGCAGGGACACUGAAUGGCUCGAUUACUAGUUACUGGAACUGGACUAUGUUCACACUUUUGUAACUCGCAAUAAAUUAAAGAAGCUUGGUAUCUGA